GGUCUGCUAGGAAAUCAAGUUGUACAUCCAGCAUGAAGGUGUUCAUUACUCUAUUGGCUUUGGCUGUUGCCUCUGCCUCGGCUUACGAGGAGGUGAUCCACAACAAGGAUAUCACCAAGGUGAACAAGAUCGAGGGUCGCAUUACCAACGGAUACCCAGCCUACGAGGGCAAGGCUCCCUACACUGUCGGUCUCGGCUUCAGCGGUGGCUGGUGGUGCGGUGGUUCCAUCAUCUCCAACACCUGGGUUCUUACUGCUGAGCACUGCACUGGCAGCGCCGACUCCGUCACCGUCUACUUCGGUGCCACAUGGCGCACCAACGCCCAGUACACCCACUGGGUUAGCCGCAACGACAUGAUCAACCACAACUCUGCUGAUAUCGCCCUGAUCCGCAUUCCCCAUGUGGACUUCUGGCACAUGGUCAACAAGGUUGAGCUGCCCAGCUACAACGAUCGCUACAACGACUACAACGGAUGGUGGGCUGUUGCCUGCGGCUGGGGUGGUACCUAUGAUGGCUCUCCUCUGCCCGAUUGGUUGCAGUGCGUCGACUUGCAGGUCAUCCACAACUCUGAGUGCGCCCAGACCUAUGGCGGUCUUAUCCAGGACAACAUCAUCUGUGUGAGAACUCCUGACGGCAAGUCCACCUGCGGUGGUGACUCUGGUGGUCCUUUGGUUUCCCACGACGGCAACAAACUUAUUGGUGUUACCAACUGGGUGUCUGCUGCUGGCUGCCAAUCUGGUCAUCCAUCUGGCUUCCAGCGUGUCACCUACCAUUUGGACUGGAUCCGUGACCAUACUGGCAUUGCUUACUAAAUAGCUAUAGCUUCAAUAAAAUAAACAAAAAAUAUCAUUUUAAAAGGAAA